AUGGGUGAGAACGUCACUCUGGACAUGGGUAAAACCGGGUUGCAAUCAAGGCCGUCACUCGGGCCAUGGCUAGGGCCAUCAUUCUGUGCACAACUAUGGCUGGGUGAAGCCAGGACCGUCACUUCGGCCAUGGGCCCUUCCAUCUUCAUCGUUCGCAUUACAGUUUCUCCACGGCCUCAUAAGAAGGAAGGUCAUCCUCCCCCAGGGCCGGGAAAGAAUCUCGGCCACACCAUGGCCUUGGCCCACGUCGACUUUCCAAGACGAAGGAUAGUUGGUGGACAGCCACGACGCGGGGAUCCGCGGAUAUGGCUCAACCCUGGUUCUGGAGAAGCUACAGGGGGGAGGCCACUGGAGCAGGUUAGAAUGGAGGGGAAGGAGUGA